AAACUAUAAUUUAUGAAAACUUAUAAAAUCUUGGCUUUACCUGGAUGGGAAAAUGAUGGAUUCAUCUUAAAACAACAUAUGGGAGAUUUACAUAAUUUGAUAUCUAAAUAUGUAGAAAUUGAGUAUCUAGAUCCUCCCUACGAAGUAUCAAAAAGUAUGUUUCCUCUUCCUCCUUUAUUAAAUACUUAAGGAAGUAAUUAAAACUAAUUAACUUAUAGGAAAAGUAUAUAGAUGGGGUAAUUAUUAUUUGGAUAUGACAGAGGACAUUGAAAAAAUUAAGAACAGAAUUCUUUAAAAUCCUAAUAUUAUAGGAUUGAUGGGAUUCUCAUAAGGAGUAUUCAUAAUUGGAGAAAUUGGAUAAUUAGCAUAUUAAGACAAAAGACUUGCCUCAUAGCUGAGAUUUCUGAUUUGCUUUUCAUCUAAUGGAAUAAAACCUAAAAAAAUGCAUUAUGACAAUAAACAUCUUAUUACUAUACCUACUCUUCAAACUGUAGGCUCUAGAGAUUUUGCUUAUUUAGAAUCGAUCAUUUAAACAACAGAAUAUUUGAAUUCUCAAAUUAUCUGGACAGAAGCAAGUAUUAAUUUAUUUAAGCUUAGCUCACAGAGUUCCAAUUUUAAAUUAUGAUUAGAAAAUAGAAUUAGCAAAUUUUAUUUCAGAUAAAUUAGAUAAACCAAAAAUGUGA